AUGCUAUCGCAGUUUUUAUUCGUCUGUAGGGCCUUUUUUUUCCUCACGACUUUGAUUGGCUUUGUGAGCAUCCUGUUUGCCAAAUUUAGGAACCCCACUCUAUUGAAAUAUGGGAAAACCCGCCAAUUUCCCAAUAGAUCAGCUCAAGGCAUCAUUUCCUUUUUUGAACAGCUCACCGUACCGAAAGCUUGGUUUCGACAUUUUUACAUCUUUUCUGAACUUCUGGCUUUUAUCAGCGUACUUAAGAGACGCGACACAGUAUCGCUUCUCUUCCUUUUCCAUUCUACGAGACGUUUAAUGGAAACGUUCUAUGUUAACAAAUUCGGAUCACAGUCCAGGAUGCAUGUUACACACUAUCUAGUUGGAAUUUGGUUCUAUUCGGGAGUUAAUUUUGGCAUUGCAAUAAAUCAAUCCCAGGGUUCGCGUUCGACUAUUUUACGACUGGUAGCCUUCCUUUUGUUUGCCGCUGCUUCUUAUGACCAAUUCCAAAAUCAUCUUCAUCUUGCACAGCUGAAAAAAUACAGUCUUCCCACUUACGGAAUGUUCAAAGUGGUAUGCAGCCCACAUUUCCUUGACGAGGCGGCGAUAUACCUUGCCCUUGCAAUAUUGUCAGGCUCCACAGAACUCAUAAUGUGUUUUCUGUGGACUAUCUUCAAUCUUUCAGUGUCCGCGGUUGAAACUCGCACUUGGUAUUUGAACAAGUUUUCCAAGUCCACGCCGCAAUAUGCCAUCAUCCCAUUCGUACUUUAG